UGUAAAGACAACCACCGAUUGUACCAAUGCUUGAAAUUUAAAGAUUGUAAUAACGAUAAACGAUGGGAGAUCGUAAAAACGAACCGCCUUUGCUUUUGUUGCCUUUCUCAGGGCCACAAUGUUUACAACUGUCCGCGACGUCGCGCAUGCGGCGUAUCGUUGUGCCAAAAAUCCCACAAUAAAUUGUUGCAUAAUGAGAUCGCUAAAAAUGCCAAUACUGGCAACAUCGUGCCUGCUGAGUCAGCUGUUGCCACCGUAAGCACUUGUCGCUCGCUAGUAAAUGACAAGAAGCAAUCAACGAAUGCGAAUAAGGAGAGAGCCAAUGUAAACAAAACAUUGUUGAAAUUUCUGCCUGUGAAGCUGCAUGGACCAAAAGGAAGUAUGCAGAUAAUUGCAUUUAUAGAUGACGGAGCUAAAGUAACAUUGCUUGAAGAAGAAAUCGCUAAUAAAAUUGGUCUUACAGGUAGAAGAGACUUGCUGCAUUUAAAAUGGUUUGAUGACCAAACUACAAGCGAGGUUUCUAUGCGUGCAAAUUUAGAAAUUUCAAGCGUGAAUAGCAACAAGAGAUUUGACAUGAAAGGCGUGCGAACAAUAAAAAAGUUAUUGUUGCCUCCGCAAACAUUAUGCGUAGAGAAGUUUGCGCAUCAGUUCGAAGAACUAAAUGACAUACCUAUAGAAAAUUAUUCUGAUGCAAUUCCUAAAAUUCUGAUUGGAAUGCCGCAUACGAAUUUGGUACGCCCCUUGAGUGUUGUGAAUUUCAACGAAGGGUUUACAGUACAUGAAACCAAAUUGGGUUGGACGCUAUUCGGUUCAGACGAAAAUAAUUUUAAUAAUUCUACAGUUUGUCACGUAGAUAUCAAUGAUCAGGGUAUGAAUGAAAUACAAAAACAAUUAGAUGAUUACUUUGCGCUAGAAGGUUAUGAUGUAGCAUUAAGACGACUUAAGCUUGUUGAACAAAAAAUGUUACGCGAUUCUAGUUAUGCAGAAUGGUACAAUGCGAAAAUAAAUGAAUACAUAAACAAGGGUUAUGCUAGAAAGCUAUCUUCGACUGAAUUGCCGAAUGAACGUGUAUGGUAUUUACCCCAUUUCGCCGUUUAUAAUGUAAACAAGGGCAAUAAGCCUAGACUUGUGUUUGAUGCCGCCGCUAAGAUUAACGAUGUUUCACUGAAUUCUAUGCUUAUGAAGGGUCCAGAUGAUUAUCAACCACGACCUUUACAAUCAAUUUUGUUUAAAUUCCGAGAGGGUAUGAUAGCCGUUUGUGGAGACAUUAGAGAAAUGUUCCACCGCAUUAAUAUUAUUGAGGAAGAUCAAAAUUUUCAACGUUUUCUUUGGCGUAAAGGUGAUACGUCAAGGCCGCCGGAUGUGUAUAUAAUGAAGGCUAUGAUUUUCGGUUCGAUUUGUUCUCCAUGCUCUGCUCAGUUUGUUAAAAAUCUGAAUGCGUUAAAAUUUAAACAUGAAGAUCCGCGGGCAGUCGAAGCUAUUAUCAACCGUCACUACGUUGAUGAUUACGUGGAUAGUUUUCCUGGGGUUGACGAGAGCAUAAGCGUAACGAAAAAAGUGAUUGAGAUUCACAGCAAAGCUGGGUUUGAGUUAAGAGGUUUUAUAUCCAAUUCUAGCGAGCUAUUGAGAGCUAUAGAUUGCAAUACGGAGUAUCAGGGUGACUCGAAGAAUAUGUGCGGUUCAGAAUCUGCUUACGAAAAGGUACUUGGCAUGCACUGGAAGGCCAAUUGUGAUGUAUUCUUUUUCAAUUUAGUGUUUGCGAGAGUACCGAAGUCAGUCUUGGAUGGUACGCGCCGACCGACAAAGGCUGAAUUGUUGGGUUUAACAAUGUCGAUUUUCGAUCCAUUCGGCUUUCUCGCUAACGUUACGUUGGUGCCAAAAAUUUUGUUACAAAGAUUGUGGAAGUUGAAUAUUGGUUGGCAUGAUGCAAUACCUGUUGAUAUCUACGACAAAUGGUAUCAGUGGUACACAAUGCUCGACAACUUAAGCAAGCUUAGCAUCCCUAGAUGUUACGCUACCGCUAUCUUUAUGCCAGCUAUAUUGCUCGAGUUUCCAAUGAUUCCAGCGUCCCUGGAGACUUAG